UCAGGGGUGGCGGUAAAAGCUACUAGGUCGGGCUCCAUUUCUAGCACAUGACUAGCGGCGGUGGGGAGGCCCUAUGGUGGGGUGAGGGCAGGGUCACCGCGACAGCCAGCAGGCCAGCGCCCCGGCCUCUCCCGGCGCGCGCCGCUCCUCAGCACCGCCCCCGCGCCGCGGCUACCUCGCGCUCCGGGCGUCACGGAGCGCGCGCUCCUCCCCCUCCGUCCCCUCCCGCUCGACUCGCCACCGCCGCCGCCGCAGGAGCAGCCGCCGCCGGAGCCGCGCGCAGCCAUGGCCGAGAACCCCGGCUUGGAGAACCACCGCAUCAAGAGCUUCAAGAACAAGGGCCGCGAUGUGGAGACAAUGCGAAGACACAGAAAUGAAGUGACAGUUGAACUCCGGAAGAACAAAAGAGAUGAACACUUACUGAAAAAGAGAAAUGUUCCCCAGGAAGAAAGCUUAGAAGAUUCAGAUGUCGAUGCUGAUUUUAAAGCACAAAAUGUAACACUAGAAGCUAUAUUGCAGAAUGCUACAAGUGAUAACCCUGUAGUCCAGUUGAGUGCUGUCCAGGCAGCAAGGAAACUAUUAUCCAGUGACAGAAAUCCACCAAUUGAUGACCUAAUAAAAUCUGGGAUUUUACCAAUUCUAGUCAAAUGUCUAGAAAGGGAUGAUAAUCCUUCAUUACAGUUUGAAGCUGCUUGGGCACUAACUAAUAUAGCAUCAGGAACCUCUGCACAGACUCAAGCUGUUGUACAGUCUAAUGCAGUGCCCCUUUUUCUGCGACUCCUCCAUUCCCCACAUCAGAAUGUCUGUGAACAAGCGGUGUGGGCUUUGGGAAACAUUAUAGGUGAUGGUCCUCAAUGUAGAGAUUAUGUCAUAUCACUGGGAGUUGUCAAACCUCUUCUGUCCUUCAUCAAUCCCUCCAUUCCCAUCACCUUCCUUCGGAACGUCACAUGGGUCAUUGUCAAUCUCUGCAGGAAUAAGGACCCCCCACCGCCUAUGGAGACAGUUCAGGAGAUUUUGCCAGCUCUAUGUGUUCUCAUAUACCACACGGACAUAAAUAUUCUUGUGGACACUGUUUGGGCUCUGUCAUACUUGACAGAUGGAGGAAAUGAGCAGAUACAGAUGGUUAUUGAUUCAGGGGUUGUACCAUUCCUCGUGCCCCUUCUGAGCCACCAGGAAGUGAAAGUUCAAACUGCAGCACUCAGAGCAGUUGGGAACAUAGUGACUGGCACUGACGAGCAGACCCAGGUGGUUCUUAACUGCGAUGUCCUGUCCCACUUCCCAAACCUCUUAUCACACCCGAAAGAGAAAAUAAAUAAGGAAGCAGUUUGGUUCCUUUCCAAUAUAACAGCAGGCAAUCAGCAGCAAGUUCAAGCUGUAAUAGAUGCUGGAUUAAUCCCCAUGAUCAUUCACCAGCUUGCUAAGGGGGACUUCGGAACACAGAAGGAAGCUGCUUGGGCAAUUAGCAACUUGACGAUAAGUGGCAGAAAAGAUCAAGUGGAGUACCUAGUACAACAGAAUGUAAUACCACCAUUCUGUAACUUACUGUCGGUGAAAGACUCUCAGGUGGUUCAGGUGGUUCUGGAUGGUCUUAAAAACAUCCUGAUAAUGGCUGGUGAUGAAGCGAGCACAAUAGCUGAAAUAAUAGAGGAAUGCGGAGGUUUGGAGAAAAUUGAAGUUUUGCAGCAACAUGAAAAUGAAGACAUAUAUAAAUUAGCAUUUGAAAUCAUAGAUCAAUAUUUCUCUGGUGAUGAUAUUGAUGAAGAUCCCAGCCUCAUUCCUGAAGCAACACAAGGAGGUACUUACAACUUUGAUCCAACAGCCAACCUCCAGACAAAGGAAUUUAAUUUCUAAGGUCCAUUAAGUGCAGCAUCGUUCAUUCAAUACAAACACCACCAGAUGGCCACCAAGCGAUAAGACAGCAAGCAGCAGAAGGCUCCCAGCACUCUUGCCUCUUGGUUUUGAUGCUUCUAAAGCAAGCCAUGUCUCAGUCACUUUGCAGUUGCCAAAAGUCACUCUCACAUGGACUGUAAAUGCAUAUGCAUGAUUUCCUGAACUGUUUUAGAAUUCUCCUUAACAAUCUCAACUACCCUAUUUUUCCAUGUUCCCUGGUGCCACAAGCUGACAACUGCAGUCUCCAGUUAGAAUUCUCCAUAGUGGUGACGUAUCAGCUGCCCGCUGGUACUCCUUUGGAAAAAGGUGCACUGUGGAUCAAGACUCUUUGGUAUGAUGUAUAUUCGUGUUGGAAGACUACAGAGGUGCAGUGUGAUCUGAGCCUCCAUCAUUGUCCUCCACAAACAUAUUUUCAUAUUCUUAUGUGGAAGAAUUAAAGUACAAGCCAAAUGAUUUUCAUUGGUGGAACUGACACAAAAAAGUAAUAACUUAAAAACAAGAAACUUGGUUAUUGAUUAAAAAAGAUAAGUUUUUUAAAACUGUACUUCACCUACCAUUAAUUGAUGUGUUUAUUAUCUGCCUCAGAAGCCAGGGUUGGAGCAAGAGCUUUAGAUACCAAUGGUAAUGCUUUCGCCAUUAUACCUAAUUUUUGAGAACAGCAAACCCUAUUUGACCACUCACUCAGCCUGUGUGUUCCUGCUGUUUUGAAUAAUCAUAUGCUGUGCAUGGUCUCUACCUGAGCUGCAACCUGUUACAGACUUGAACUUCUGUUAAGUUGAAAGCAAGAGUCCCUGACUACAAAAAAAUACGUCAAUAAAUAAAUACGUUAAAACAGGAAUGGAAAAGGUCUAAAAUACUCAUUGGUAAUGUUUUAAGAUAGUCUUGCUUUCAGCUUCCAGGAGUUAUUUUUUUUUUAAUUUGAUAAUUGGAUAUGGUUGAUUUAUAUUGGGUUUAAACUGUGGAGCUUUCAUGUUUACUGUAAUUUAGUCUUAAAACAUUUUUUACUUAGUAACCAGUACUUUUGAUAAAGUGGUGGCAACCAACCAGCAACUCUUUAGAAGUGUUCCAAGACUUCAUUCUUGAGGAUCGGGGAGCUCAUUCCGAUCCCACUCAGAGCAUCCGCACGUUAAAGAGAAAGCCAGGAUCUGUGUAGAGGAAUGAUGUGCAGUUAUUUAACUCAGCCCGAUUUGCAGAGCUCUUUCAUCUGUAAAACUGGUAUUACUAUGUAAAGUUGUUGCUUUUGGCAAAUUGUCUGACCUGGAUAUUGAUGGAUGAAUAUGGAUUUGCAGUUUUUUAAACUAAAUAAUUUGUGCUGUCACAGAAAUGGUUUGUUGCUCUUGUUCACUGGGUAUAAUUUCCCAAUGCAUUGAUGUGAAGGGAUAGAAAUCUAAGUUAGUGUUCAGAUGGGGGCGUGUCUACUGUGACGAAGAGGAGCCAAUGCCAUCAGAGCUUUGUGAGCCAGCUGGGGUGUUUUCCCUGAGAGACAACACAGCAGGUGUGCUUCAUUACAGACGUGUGUAUCUGCCAAGGUGGAGCCACUUUAAAGAGUGAGCUUUGUCUUGUAUCCAAAAUGGAUACAAGCGUAUGUUUAAACUGCAAGAUUUUUACUUGCUAGAGAAUCUGUUUUAAUAUAGUGGUUUGGCCUCUGAUUAUUUAUAGGUUUUAUAAAUUUUAGAAUCAAUUUCUCUUUAAGGUGGCUCAGAUUUUUCAACUCUUGUGCACAUAAAAUUGAGUUGAAGUUCAUUGUGCCUUUUUUUCUUUACCCAAAUUUUGAGUUAAAGCUUCAUAUGGUAACUGCAUCCUGUUCAAACACUUGUCUAAAUUUUGAAACUGUGUAGUGUUCACUAAAAGAAGGAAUAACAAAGAAUGAAUUAAGGUCACAAACUUUGGUGAAACCCUUAAAGUCCAAAUCUUCUUGAUGUUGUGAAUUGUCCCCCUUCAGGUUUAGUUUCUUCUGGACUCUCCCUACUUAACUGACAGUUACCUUCUAAAAUUUGCACACAUUGAGAUGAAAAUUGGGCCUCUACUGUGAUGAUCCCUAUUUCCUCUCGCGUCCUAAGUGCAAACUAACCUUUAAGUAACAGUAGCAUCAAGCAGUGCAGACUUGUGCGUCGGCUUGAUUCAGUUUGCCGUGACCUUACCAGGCCUGAAUUGGAAUCGCACCAUUUCGUAGACAAAGGAACUGAGUGUAUUGCUGCACUUUUAAGUUUUCAAAACAGUGUUUUAAAAUUGCAUUGUUUUUAUUUUUUUUUAAACUCAGUUUAAAAAUAACUAAAAUGUUCUUUCAAAAGAGGCAUCUAAACGUGUUCCUAAUUUUGUAUAUGGGCUUAGGUUUUUGUAACCAAUAAAAAAGCUGCUAUCAAA